CGUUUGGACUUGUCUGUCAUGACGCUGUACGGCGUGUUCACCAACCCCUUCGCGGCCAACGGCCCGUCUCGCUGCCUCCUGCUGGAGCUGCUGGACGUCAGUGUGUCCGAGCUGCUGUUCUACUCCAGCCAGCAGGGCUGCUCCAUGUGGAUGAUCCAGCACUGUGCCCGCGAUGCGCUCGAGGCCCUGUCUUUCCUGCACCACAAAGGCUAUGUGCAUGCAGACCUCAAGCCACGCAACAUCCUGUGGAGCGCGGAGGAGGAGUGCUUUAAACUCAUUGACUUUGGGCUCAGCUUCAAAGAGGGGAAUCAGGAUGUGAAAUACAUUCAGACCGACGGGUAUCGGGCUCCGGAGGCAGAGCUGCAGAACAGCCUGGCUCAGGCAGGGUUCCCGAGCGAAACGGAAUGCACCUCGGCUGUCGAUCUGUGGAGUCUAGGCAUCGUUCUACUGGAAAUGUUCUCAGGAAUGAAACUGAAACAUACGGUCCAGUCUCAGGAAUGGAAGGCAAACAGUUCUGCUAUCAUUGAUCACAUUUUUGCCAGUGACGGUGCGGUAAAUUCAGCCAUCCCAGCCUAUCACCUCAGAGACCUUAUCAAGAGGUAUAUUGCAAAUAGCGAACGUGCUGAUCCGAGCAGGCUUGGCCUUGCCUUCGGAUGCAGGCAGUCCUGCAGUCCUUGCCGAAGCUGCCUCCUCUCCCAGAACUGCCCUGUGGCUGGGCCUGACUCCAGUGCGAGCGGGGCUGCACGGCGUGGGGGGCGUCGGUGGGAACUCGGAGGCAGAGCUCGACGGAACGAGGCUUUGCCAGCACCUCUGCGGAUGGAAUCCGUAGGGAGAAAUGCCUUCCCUGGGUUCAGCCUGGUGGUAGAAAUGGAGCCACUCCUAGCUGUGGCCUGUGCUGGGAUCUGUCCCUUCCAGACUCCGUCGCCGUGGGUCGGCGGCGACCCCGGGCAGAGAGCCAGCGCUGCAAAGGCCCUGGGCAGCCCCUUCUUCAGCAUCCCCUUCGCUCCCCACAUUGAGGAUCUGGUGAUGCUUCCGACUCCUGUGCUCCGGCUGCUGAAUGUCUUGAGUGACGCCUGCCUGCAGAGCGAGGAGGAGUAUGACGAUGUGCUGCAGGACAUCCGGGAGGAGUGUCAGAAGUACGGCCCGGUGGUGUCCAUGCUUGUUCCAAAGGAGAAUCCUGGCAAAGGCCAAGUCUUCGUUGAAUACACGAGUGCUGGGGAUGCCAAAGCCGCCCAGAAGUUGCUGACUGGAAGGGUGUUCGAUGGCAAGUUUGUGGUGGCCACGUUUUACCCGCUGAGUGCCUACAAGAGAGGCUAUCUCUACCAAACCUUGCUCUAGCAGCCGCGGCCGCGCCUUGCUUCCGUGUGCUCCGCAGCUGAGUGUGCACAGCGCUUCCUCGCCUGCUUCGGAGUCGCUUGCGAAGGAACCUGCCCAGGACCAGCCUUGUGCGCCCUCGGCGCUCCCCACGCUCUGCGCUGCUGUUCGCUCGCGGGCCGGGCCCCUCUGCCUGCCAGGAAGGCUCUCGGCGCCGGGCCGGAGUGGAGACUCGGUGCCCAAGCGUUGCUUCAGUGUCUUGAUGGGAAAGGACCCCCCGCACGUGCUCUGAGGCCCCUGGCAAAGCAGGCAGGACUGCCCUGGGUCUCCCUGGCCUCGACGGGACAAGGCAAGCAGAAGCCCCUGUGUCGAGGUGGGCGCGGGA